AUGAGUCAGGGAGAAAUUGCGAACUUACAGCUGCGAGACUUGAGAGUGAAGUACGAAGAAAAGAGGGCUGUCAAAUCAGACAGAAGAGUCUUGUCUAAAGCGCAGGUAAUUACUGGCGCUGAAGUUAUGGCUCUGCGCGAGACCAUGGAGAAGAAGGAGAUAGCAAAGUUACUAAAGGCGGAAUCAUCAAAAACCAAAUCCUCGGGCAAAACCAUCAACUCUGGGAAGUAUAAGAGUAUGAACCGGAAUUCAAAAACCAUUUCUACCUCUCCCACUACUCCUCCACCCGUCAAGACGCAGAAGAAAAGGAUGAAAAUUCCGAUUUCAAUCACAGACUCUGAUCCGGAUCCUCCAAGUCUACAAACAGAGAUUGAUGACCAGAGCUCUUCAGAGUACGAAGACAUUCUAGACUUGAAACCUUUGGCUUCCAAAGCUCAUCCGCAGUCCAUACUGCCUUCUAAAAGACAGAUGCCAUCUCACAUAUCUCUCCGGUCCAGAAAGUAG